UCGUGACGGCGCAGGGCUGCCUGCAGAGUGCGCGGCUCGUGCUGGAGGACGCGAGCUCCCCGCUGCUGGAGCGACUGUCCCGCUCACACACGACCUGCGACCAGCAUCAGCAUCCGCAACAUGGCGGGCGCGCCCGCACCGCUAGCGAGCACUCGUACAAUCGGUCGCACGUCGCUAAAAAUUAUUUUGCUCCACAGCAAGAUGAUCAAUGGCAACGUAGGACCAGCAAUGCUUGGCAGAACCUCGUGACGUCACAACCGUUGCCGCCGCCCUCACAGCCGCUCACACUCCAGCCGGCGCAGGCUCCGCCCUCGCUCACACAACAACAACAACAACAACUACCUCCUCAGCAGCCCUCCAGGCCGGGUAGCGUAGGGCCCUCCACCGGUGGCGCCCCGUCCCGCUCCAAGUACCGCGUGGACCCGUCGGUCCAGUCCACGCCGCUCUACAACCAGUACAGCUUCUCCUCCCCGCAGCCCCCGCAGCCCUCGUACGGCUACAACAGUCCGAUCCCCGACCAGUACAGUUCGGCCAGUGUACCCUCGAACAACUUCACGCCCCUCAAUCAAAAACCCUUAAAUCCGUCACUGGCUCCGUCGAGCGGAUCAGUUCCGCCAAUGAACCCGUGCAUCCCGCCAGUGAACCAAUACACCCCGGCGAGCGAGUCCAACGUGAACGGCUACUACAAGCAGCCGGAGGUGUCGGCCGCACACAAGUCUGUGCCGCCCGGCUGGAACGACCCGCCCAUGAUGACCACCAAGCCCAAGCCAAAGCAAGACGUGCAUCAACAAGCACCAAUCACUCACCCGCUGUUCGGCGCGGAGCCCCCGCAGCACGUACCACUGGCGUCCACCACGCCGCAGUUCCCGGGACAGGUGUACCAAGACCAGCAACAACAAUAUCCCGGUCAGCAGCAACAAUAUCCUGUCCAGCAACAACAAUAUCCAGGUCAACAGCAACAAUAUCCCGGUCAGCAGCAGCAAUAUCCUGGUCAACAGCAGCAAUAUCCCGGUCAACAGCAAUUCCCCCCUCAGAGUCAAUUCAACCAACAGAGCCAGGGUCAGUUGCCACCGGGUCAGGGUCAAUAUCCUGGCUAUAACGAUCAGUAUGGACAGUACGUGCCCUCGCCACAAUCAGCUUACACACAAGAGACGGAGAGUGCGGUGACGAAGGGGCCCAUCCCUGAGGAGCACGCGGGGCUACAGACCACUCUGGACCAGCUCAGCGAUCAACUGUUGAACUCUACCACCAACGCGAUGACAAAGCGUAAGGUUCAAGAUAUACAAAAGAAGCUCGAAAAUUUGUACGAUUUAUUACGAGAGAACAAGCUGUCGGGCAGUUCGCUAGCGACGCUCCACGCGUGCGUGAGGCUGGCGGGCGCAGGUGAGCCGGGCGGCGCCCUGGCCCACGCCGCGGCCCUGGCGAGUGACGUGGACUUCGCGGCCGUGGCCAGCUUCCUGCCCGCGCUCAAGAUGCUGCUCACACUGGCCGCGCGACCGCACUGACGCACUCACCUCAUGCCGCCGCCGACCCAUUAAUAUCAUAAUAGAUAAGGCAUCAUGGCUCCUUUGCACGGGAAGCCGGCUAGAUUAUGGCAACCACAACGGCGCCCAUUUCUGCCGUGAACCCAGUAAUGUGUAAACAUUACUGUGUUUCGGCCUGAAGGGCGCCGUAGCUAGUGAAUCUACUGGGCAAAUGAGUCUUAACAUCUUAUAUCUCAAGGUGACGCGCGCUGUUGUAGUGCCGCUCAGAAUUUUUGGGUUUUUCAAUAAUUCUGGGCGGCACUGCAUUGUAAUGGGCAGGGCGUAUCAAUUACCAUCAGCUGAACUCCCUGCUCGUCUCGUCCCUUAUUUUCAUAGAAAAUUUUUAGAGAUACUAAAGGUUGCCAAUGAGAACACUUAUUUUUGACCACCAUCCGAUAGUGUAUAUAACUGUUAUACUUUGUAAUUUAUAUUAAGUAUCUAAUGUUCGUAUCGCGAGCGUUUUAUAAUUUUAGCUGAAAUCAUUUAUACAUCUAGAAGAUAGUCAAUGACAGCUGUGAAAAUCGAAAAAAUAGACUUUAGAACUAAUCUCUAUUUUGACCAAUUCACACACACUAACACAAAAUGUCAAACAAAUCGCGAGUGCUUAUAUUCCUGGCCUGUUUUUAUCUAACAGCAAGAGACUAUCUAGACGUAUAAAUUAUCUAAAAAUUUUACUUAUUAUUUAUAGCAAAUGAUACUUAAUGAAAUUUGGAAUAUAUUAACUGAUCAAUCUACAAUAUAUUAUUAAUGUAUUUUAGCAUUAUGGAAUGAAAAAUAUUACAUUUUUAUUUCCUUUGUCACAGACAUGUUAAAGUAAGUAAUUUAUUUCACCAAUAAUAAAGAGCUUGUGUGAUGAACUGAACCGUCUUAUCAGUUCAAUCAUAUUGUGCUAUAAUGUUUGAUAGAUGACUUAAUGUUAAAUAAUAAAUAUAAUUGUUAAUUAUGUAUGUUGUAAUGAUAACAGUAUAUUGCUACUUAAAUAGUUGCAUAACAAAUAAAGUAAUGUAUCUAACGUUUUUAUAAAUGA